AUGACAGAGGGGGUGGAGUUGGAGGCCAGACAGAACCAGACCCAGACCCACAGGACCCACAGGACCAGACAGAACCAGACCCAGGGUGUCACAGUCCUGCUGAGGAGGGGAGGAGCACAGACAGUGACUCGGAGGAGCAGGAGGAAAAGGAGGAGGAAGAGGGUUCCCUCCACCACCACCACCUUACUGGGAUACCACCCGCACAAUGGCCCAACUGGAGAACCAGGGGCUGGGCUGUCUGGGAACGGGUAUGCCCAACAGGUGGCCCCAGAUGGGGGCUGGGGCUGGGUAGUGCUGGUGGCUACUAUCCUGGUCCUGGCUCUAACGCUGGCCUUCCCUUCCUGUAUGGGUAUCUUUUACACAGAGCUACAGGCUGAGUUCAGCUCCAGCAACACAGAGACGUCCUGGGUGCCUGCUAUCAUGACUGCUGUGCUGCACGCUGGUGGUCCACUAUGCAGCGUGCUCGUGGAACGCUUUGGUUGCCGGGUAACGGUGAUGGUGGGAGGGGUUCUGAGUGGACUAGGCAUGGUGGUCAGCGCCCUGGCCAGAACCAUCACAGAACUCUACAUCACCAGCAUCAUCGCAGGGUUGGGGUUCUGCCUGUCCUUCCAGCCCUCUGUGACCAUGAUGGGCCACUACUUUUUGAGGCGGCGGGCAUUUGCCAACGCCCUGUCGUCCACUGGCACGGCCCUGGGCCUCAGCACCUUACCCCUGCUGGCCAACUUCCUGCUGGGCCAGUUUGGCUGGAGAGGCAGCUUCCUGGUCCUUGGAGGGCUGCUGUUGAACUGCUGCGUGUGUGGGGCUGUCAUGAGGCCCCUGGGGGCUAAACACAGUGGAGCCCAGAGGACACUCACUAACAAGGCUGCCCAGGGGCUCAGCAAGCAACCAAUCAAAGGUCCUCUCAAACAGGAGAAGGAGGGACUUAAGGCAAGACUUAGGACAGCGCUCAGUGACCUUGUCGUGUUCCUACGGAGACACAUGGCCUUUGAUCUGUUGGUCAGUAACGCUCGUUACCGUUCCUACGCCCUGGGAGUGACGUGGAUGAUGUUGGGAUUUGUAGUUCCCCUGGUCUACCUGGUGCCCUAUGCUACAGCCAAUGGUAUGGAACAGGACCGAGCCGCGUUACUGAUGGCCAUACUGGGCCUAGUUAACAUUGCUGUGAGACCCGUGGCGGCUGUCUUCUUCGGCCUGCCGCGCUUCAGGGGCAGUGGCUGUUUUGUGUAUGUGUUUGCGGUAGCCCUCCUGGUCAACGGGCUGAGUAACAGUAUCUGUGGUGCGGCUGCCACCUUCCCCGUGCUCCUGAUCUACGUGGUCAUCUUUGGUCUGUCCAUGUCUGUGAUUGGCUCUCUGCUCUUCACGGUGCUGAUGGAAACGGUGGAGAUGAGCCGGUUCCCCUCUGCCCUGGGUCUCAUCAGUAUGUUAGAGAGUGGAACACUGCUGAUUGGACCGCCCCUCGCAGGCAUGUUGGUGGACAGUACAGGACACUACUCUUAUGUGUUCUAUGCCUGCAGUGGGAUUGUCUCCUCCUCUGGCCUCUUCCUCAUCGGAGCGUUCUACUAUCUGGACAGACAGAAGAAGAGGGAAGAGAAGAAGAGAGCAGGGCCUCCUGCUGCGUACCAACAGAAGCCUGCCAUCAGCCUAGUCCCUGACUGCCAGUACAGCCAUGUUCCUUCUACACAGGGAGGGAAGCCUGCCAUCAGCCUAGUCCCUGACUGCCAGUACAGCCAUGUUCCUUCUACACAGGGAGGGAAGCCUGCCAUCAGCCUAGUCCCUGACUGCCAGUACAGCCAUGUUCCUUCUACACAGGGAGGGAAGCCUGCCAUCGGCCUAGUUCCUGACUGCCAGUACAGCCAUGUUCCUUCUACACAGGGAGGGAAGCCAGCCAUCAGCCUAGUCCCUGACUGCCAGUACAGCCAUGUUCCUUCUACACAGGGAGGGAAGCCUGCUAUCAGCCUAGUCCCUGACUGCCAGUACAGCCAUGUUCCUUUUACACAGGGAGGGAAGCCUGCCAUCAGCCUAGUCCCUGACUGCCAGUACAGCCAUGUUCCUUCUACACAGGGAGGGAGAGCAGCGGACACUGUUCGUGUCACCAACGUGUGACGUACUAAUAUGCACGUGUGUAACCCAGUAAGACAAACUGUCUAGCUGCCUGCCAUAGAAUUACAUCUAGAAUCAGAAUGAAGUAAGGAGGUAGCCUUCCACGAGCCUUGGCCUGUAGGAGCUGCAGCAUAUCACAGGAACUGCUCACUGUGUAACGCCUCACUAUGAUGAAUCAAUGAAGGAUAGGAUCUCUGUGGUGCCUGCUGUCUGCUGCCUUCAGAGGGAAGAACUGGGAGGUUACACAUACACUACAGUUAUCAUCACUGUGAUUCUAUGUGUGUACAUACGUAUCCAGGCAUUCACAACAUAGAUUUAAUCUGGAUUUGGAAGUCACACUCUGUCACAUGCUCUCUCUCUCUCGCUCUCUCUCGCUCUCUCUCUCUCUCAUACACCACCAUCUUUAUUUCAAUAAAUAUCUUCUGUUUCAUCACAGACACAUGAGGCUGAAUGACACAACAUCCCUGUUUCAUUCAGACCCUGAAUGACAGUGCUGUAAAAGCUGACCAAGCAGUCUAGUAGACGCUACAGUAGGACUGUAUAACAUACGGCCCACUAGUAGACGCUACAGUAGGACUGUAUAACAUACGGCCCACUAGUAGACGCUACAGUAGAACUGUAUAACAUACGGCCCACUAGUAGACGCUACAGUAGGACUGUAUAACAUACGGCCCACUAGUAGACGCUACAGUAGAACUGUAUAACAUACGGCCCACUAGUAGACGCUACAGUAGAACUGUAUAAUAUACGCCCACUAGUAGACGCUACAGUAGGACUGUAUAACAUACGGCCCACUAGUAGACGCUACAGUAGAACUGUAUAACAUACGGCCCACUAGUAGACGCUACAGUAGGACUGUAUAACAUACGGCCCACUAGUAGACGCUACAGUAGAACUGUAUAAUAUACGGCCCACUAGUAGACGCUACAGUAGAACUGUAUAACAUACGGCCCACUAGUAGACGCUACAGUAGGACUGUCUGACAUACGGCCCACU